CCCGCCAUUUACAUGCGUGAACACACACAUUCUGAAAUACACGCGCGCGCACACAUGCGCACGUACGCGCUCUCUCUCUCUAACGGUGACACAUAGCUCCGCUCCUCUCUCUGUCCUGCCGCCUUCACAUGCGUCCUCACCGACUCCUCCGCUGGCUGCGCCAAGAUGAGCGUGGUGGUCGCCCCGGUGCCAUCCGGACGGUGCCCCCCCACCGCCUGACCGAGCCGGAACCUGAGUGAGAGUGGGAGGAGAAAGAUCAUCCCCUCUCUCUCUCUCUCUCUCUCUCUCUCUAAAGAAAAAGAGAAGGGGAAAAAGAAAAAGAAAAAAAAAACACUCUCACCAACCCGUUUGUCGUUUCGGCAUCUUUCCUCGCUCCCUCCCCCUCCUCUUGUUCUUCAUGCACCCCCCCAUCCCCCCCUCCUGAUAGUGUCGCCCUGUCUUGGUUUGAAGGAGUAACCGGAUAAGCCCGGUCGUGCUUUUGUGGGAUUAUAUCCUUUUUUUUUAUUCUUUAUUUUUUUUUUGUCACCCCUCUUCCUGCUGGGUGUUGGUAGCGCGCAGCUGCUGUGCGCUCCUGCAGAUUCCGGUGAAUGGUGGAUUUGGCAAACAUGGAGACCGUGGAGAAGGAAUGCGGGGCCCUCGGGGGUCUAUUCCAGGCGAUUGUCAACGACAUGAAGUGCUCCUAUCCUGUGUGGGAGGACUUCAGCGCCAAGGCCACCAAGCUGCAUUCCCAACUCCGAACCACUGUUCUGGCAGCCGUGGCGUUCCUGGAUGCCUUUCAAAAAGUGGCAGACAUGGCCACCAACACCAGAG